AUGGCUGGCCUCAGAUACGACCCAGAAUACUACAAAGCAAUCGGAUCACCCCCCAUAGGUCCCAGAUCCGAUCCACCUCAGACAGUACACCAACUCAGAUCCGGUAUUGAAAACACCAUUCGAAACUUUGUCACCAACUCGCCAUACCCACCUGGAGUGAAAGAAACUGUAUACAGAGUCAAGAGUUCUAAUGGGACCGAGAUCGAAGUCACCCGCUUCGCAUGCGACGAGACACUAGCCUCGAAGGAGCCCACGCCCGCAGUUAUUUAUUUCCAUGGAGGAGGCUUCGUAGCCUGCACGGUACCGCCAUUCGCACCGCAGAUUGCGCGUUUUGCGAAUGAUUCGAAGUUGCCAUACUUUGCUGUCGACUACAGGUUGGCCCCGGAGUAUCCUGCUCCAGCGGCACUUGAGGAUGCGUGGGCAGCUAUACAAUUUGUAUCAAGCUCUGCCGCAGAACUCAAUAUCGACCCUACUAGAAUCGCCUUGUAUGGUGAUAGUGCUGGUGGUGGUCUUGCCGCAGGCGCUGCUUUGAUGGCCAGGGACCGUCAACUCAAUCCUCCAAUCGCGAAACAGAUUCUGGUCUAUCCCAUGCUGGACGAUCAAUACAACCUCAAGGAAGGCGACCCUUAUCUAGACGUCCUAGUAAUGAGACCGGCUGGUGCAAAAGUCGCAUGGGACGCUUAUCUUUCGAAACUUCGAGAGGGUGAGGAUGAACUAGCGCUCUCCUACGCUAUUCCUGCGAGAGCUGCCAGCUUGAAAGGUCUUCCGGCCACAUACAUCGAUAUCGGAUCUCUAGACCUUUUCCGAGAUGAGAGCUUGAGAUAUGCUAAUAGAUUGGCUGAUGAGCAUGUUGAGGUGGAGCUGCAUCUUUGGCCUGGACUGCCUCAUGGGUUUGAUGGAAUGAGAGAGCUCAGUUGGUUCAAGAGAGCUACUGAGAGUCGAAGGUAUUGCGUCGAGAUGAAGUUGCUUUCACUCUCUACCGUCGGGCUUCUGGCCUUGACAGGAUUCUCAAUUGCGCAAGAGAAUGCCAACGUUCCAAUCCAAGACAAUGGAUUGACAAACAUUGUCCAAUGGGACGACCACAGCUACCUCAUCAACGGUGAACGAAUCUUUGUCUUCUCCGGAGAGUUCCAUUACUGGCGCUUGCCUGUGCCUGAACUCUGGCGCGACUUGCUGGAAAAGAUCAAAGCGGCCGGUUUCAAUGCUUUCAGCAUCUACAACAGCUGGGGCUACCACGAAGCCUCCCCAGGCGCCCUUGACUUCGAGAACGGCGCGCACGACUUUGUGUCUAUCAUGACAUUAGCGAAGGAGCUCGGUCUCUAUCUCUUGAUCCGCCCAGGUCCCUAUGUCAAUGCCGAGGCCAACGCUGGAGGAUUCCCCCUGUGGGUGACCACCGGCGAGUAUGGCAGGCUGCGCAACGAUGAUCCUAGAUUCACAAAGGCCUGGUCCAAAUACUGGACUGAGAUAUCGAAGAUCAUUGAGCCGCAUCUCAUCACCAAUGGCGGCAACGUUGCCAUGUUCCAGAUCGAAAACGAGCUGGGUGGUCAGUGGAAGAACGAUGACAAGCGCAUCUUGAACGAACCAACUGCGAAUUAUAUGCAACUCCUGCAAGAUUCGGCACGAGACGCUGGCAUCGAUGUACCCGUCUUCCACAACGCUCCUAAUACUCGCACCUUUUCUUGGUCAAAUGACUUCGAGGCCAAUGCAACUGGCAAUGUUGACGUGACUGGUGUAGACAGCUACCCAUCCUGCUGGAGCUGCAACCUCGACGAAUGCACAGGCACCAAUGGCGAAUACGUCCCCUACAACAUCCAAGACUACGUCACCUACUUCGCCAAACAGUCUCCAGCCCAACCUCACUUCCUGCCUGAGUUCCAGGGCGGUUCUUACAACCCAUGGGGUGGUCCGGAGGGCGGCUGCCCAGGCGACAUUGGUCCUGAUUUUGCAAACAUCUUCUACCGUGACUUGGUUGCUCAGCAAGCCACGGCUAUUUCGCUUUACAUGAUGUACGGUGGUACCAACUGGGGCUGGUUCGCUUGCCCUGUGGUUGCUACUAGCUAUGAUUACUCCUCGCCUAUCUCUGAGAACCGAGAAAUCUGGGAUAAGUACUAUGAGACUAAGUCGUUGACUUUGUUUACUCGAGUGGCGCAUGAUCUUACCAAGACCAACCGUGUCACGAACAGUACAUCUCUGUCUACCAAUGACGACAUUCUUAUCUCUGAGCUUCGACACGAGGAUAAUGGUGCAGCUUUCUACGUUGCUCGUCACGAGUACUCGCCAUCCGGCACUAAGGAGAUCUUCAAGGUCCGCGUCAACACUACGGAGGGCGAGAUGAUCAUUCCUCAGAAUGACCACAUUACCAUCAACGGGCAUCAGUCCAAGAUCAUCCCUACCGACUUCCACUUCGGUGAGAAGACCCUUCUCUAUACCACAGCCGAGGUCCUCACCUACUCUGUCAUCGAUAAGAAGGAGGUCAUCGUGCUUUGGCUCCCCGAGGGUGAGCACGGAGAGUUCGUACUCAAGGGACAUACUGAGCUCAAGCAUGACAAGUCGCUGAAGGGUCUUAAGAUCAAGGCGGGUAAGAAGAGUGUUACCGUCAACUACACUCAGAAGAAGGGCCUUUUCACCCUCAACAUGAAGGACGGCUCGACCAUUAUUUUGGCUGAUCGCCAGACCGCUUACAAGUUCUGGGCACCGACACUGGACAAUGAUCCUUUUGCACCUGUUAACAAAACCGUUCUUGUCCAUGGACCUUACCUCGUCCGUCAUGCGACCGUCAAGGAUGGCCAGCUUAACAUCGAAGGCGAUCUCGACAAGUCUACCGACAUCACUAUCUUUGCUUCCGAGUCUCUUAAAUCCGUCUCCUGGAACGGCGAGAAGGUCAAGAUCUCAUCGAAGGAGAGCCACAAGUACACCGCGAAGCUCAAGGGUCCUUCGAAGGUCAAGCUUCCCAAGCUUGAGUCGUGGAAGUACGCGGACAGCUUGCCUGAGAUCAAGUCGGACUACAAGACUUCUUCUUCAAGCUGGAUUGUGGCCAACAAGAAGAAUACUACCAAUGCGGUUCUCGUUCCCGACUUGAAGAACCCCGUCUUGUAUGUCGACGAAUACAACAUCCACUACGGUAACCACAUCUACAGGGCCAGUUUCCCCACGACUGACAAGGCUCCCACUGGUGUGUAUCUGAAUGUCACAGGUGGCCUGGCCUUUGGCUACUCUGUCUGGCUCAACUCGGACUACAUCGGCUCUUACCUUGGCAAUGCUACCGUCGGAAAGUCUGGACAAGAGUUCUCUUUCAAAAAUGCCACUCUGUCCAAGAAAGAGAACACCCUAGUCGUGUUGAUGGACAACUCUGGACACGAUCUUCGCGAUGGCGCUCUUGACCCUCGAGGUAUCACCAACGCCACUCUCAUCGGCUCUGCCAAGGAUGGAUACAAGUUCUCCGAGUGGAAGAUCGCUGGCCAUGCCGGAAGCGUCGAAGGCGAAGUCAUCGAUCCAGUUCGCGGUCCUCUCAACGAAGGUGGUCUCUACGCCGAGCGUAUCGGUGCUCACCUGCCAGGCUUCUCCGACAAGAAGUGGAAGUCCUACUCCUCUAAGCAGGGAACCCUCGUCAACCCUUCAGCGGGAGUCCGUGCCUACAGAACCACCGUCGAUCUCGACAUUCCCGAUGGUCUCGACGUGGGCAUCUCAUUCAAGCUCACCGCUCCCUCCAACGCGACCUUCUCGCCCACCAAGAAGGGCUACAGCAACCACGUCCGCGUGCUUCUCUUCGUCAACGGCUACCAAUACGGCCGAUUCAAUCCUUACAUCGGCAACCAGGUCUCUUUUCCUGUUCCUCCCGGCGUGCUCAAUUACAGCGGAGAAAACACGAUCGCUGUCACGGUUUGGAGUCAGAGCGCUAAAGGUGGUGAGGUUAAAGUUGAGUGGGAGGUUGAUUAUGCGCAUAGUUCGAGCUUUGAUGUCAAGUUUGACAGUGAAUACCUUCGUCCAAAGUGGGCUGAAAGUAGAUCGCAGUAUGCGUAG